GUGACAUAGACACGUCUUGCAGUUUCAACAACCCUGAGUUCAUUACAUAUGUCUUUCUCCGCAACCCUCAGUGUUUUAAGGCGAAUCGCCAGCACCACUACACGCACCCGAACCCUGGUGGUGACACCUACGUAUGCGGCGAAGAUGAAGUAUUCAGUACAUACCCUAUCUGUCCUCAGUUCUAAGCUGCCGAUGUUUGGAGGGCUUAAUUUCGCAAACAGUUUGUCGGUCCGUACUAUUAGAUCGACAUAUGCCGCAGUGAAGCCAUACGCUUGUGAGUGGCCCAGCUGUAGUCAGACAUGUGCCAGUGUUCAUAAUCUGAAGGUGCACAUGCGCGUGCACACGGGCGAACGUCCUCAUGUGUGUGACUAUCCUGGAUGUGGUAUGAAGUUUGCUCAGAGUUCUAGUUUGAAUGCACACAAACGCGUGCACACGGGCGAACGUCCCUAUGCGUGUGACUAUCCUGGGUGUGGCAAGAAGUUUGCUCUUAAGGGUAAUUUGAAAAUACACAAACGUGUGCACUCGGGCGAACGUCCCUAUGCGUGUGACUAUCCUGGGUGUGGCAUGGAGUUUACUCAAAGUGGUGCUUUGAAUGCACACAAAUGGGUGCACUCGGGCGAGCGUCCCUAUGCGUGUGACUAUCCUGGGUGUGGCAAGAAGUUCACUCAAAGUGGUGCUUUGAUAGCACACAAACGCGUGCACACGGGCGAGCGUCCCUAUGCAUGUGACUAUCCUGGGCGUGGGAUGAAGUUCACUAGAAGUGGCGAUAUGAGAAGACACACACGUGUGCACACGGGCGAACGUCCCUAUGCGUGUGACCUUCCUGGGUGUGGCAAGAAGUUCACUCAAAGUGGUACUUUGAUAGCACACAAACGAGUGCACACGGGCGAACUUCCCUAUGCGUGUGACUAGUUGCAAUGUUCAAGCGAUCUGAUCAUUUACGCCGCCAACGAGGCGUGCAGAAUGGCAAAGACAGCUCAACAAAUUAAACAUGAGGCGGUACACAGGCGGGGCUGUUCAAUAAAUGCACGCGACCGCAUUUGUCGCUAUCACACGUUGAUGCAGACUGUGUUUACCGAUAUACAUGCCGUUGUAGUGUAGCAAUGCAAAAUGUUAAGUGUUCAAACUAGAACCAUGAAUUCAUUUAUUAACACGAUUUAAUCUGCGCUUCAAUUGUUUGUAUGCGAAAUUGGCGAACUAUGGGUACUACUGGGUGGCGUAAAAAUGUACGAACACAUUCCACUGCGUAGGUAACUAAAAUAAAUACAUUUAG